AUGGGCAGGAAGAAGAAAUCAGCGAGCAAUCAUCAAAAUAAAGAUAAUGGCUCUAAUGUGGAACCUGUUGCUACCCCAAAAAUCACAAAUUUCACCCCUGUUUCUCUCCCAGUGCAGACUCAAUCGAGAAAUGAUUUGGCCUCCAUGGGGAACUUAUUGCUUCACCUUUGGUUCAUCCUAGUGCAGAGAUCUUUAAUGGUGUCACUGAGCAGAUUGGGGGUGGAAUACCUCAACCUACUAUACAGAGAACAGGGGCCCCCCUCUGUUCAGCGAAGGCUUGCGAUGCCAGCUCCUCCACCAGCUUGGUCUAGCCUGUUUCAUCGUUCUCCACUAACUGGUAAGGGUGCUACUCUACAAUUUGUGGCACCAGUUGUGAAAGAAGGGAAGAAGUUGGCUCAAUUGCAGAAAACUGAAGUAGAUGCUAUGACUGAGCGCUGGAUUUCUUCAUUGGUGAUGUAUGUGGUGGGAGAUGUUCCUACAAUUGCUUCUGUAAAACGUUACAUAGCUGCAAAUUGGAAUCAGGUAGGAGUCCCUAAUGUUUUCCUGCAUGAUGAUGGCUACUUUGUCAUCAAAUUCUCUUCACUUGCUGAGAGGGAUGAAAUUCUCUGUAAGGGACCCUAUACCUUUUUUAACAAACCUGUGAUCAUUAAACCUUGGACAGCUGCUUUCAAUUUCUAUGAGGAGGUGCUCAAGAGUUGUGAUUCCCUUAGUAGGAUUGCAAGCCUUUUGGGUGUGCCAGUGUGUGCAGAUGACUGUACCACUAGACAACAAAGGGUAUCCUUUGCUAGAUUGUUAGUUGAGAUGGAUGUCACUGCUAAUUUGCCUGACCAUGUGUGGAUUGAGGAUAUCAAUGGUACUGAAUUCAAGCAGCAGGUGGUGUAUGAUUGGAAGCCUUCAUAUUGUAAGCAAUGUCAGAUGCCAGGGCACAACUGUGAUGCAGUUCCUGUUAGGAAGGAGCCACCAGUGGUGAAAAAAGUAUGGGUGCCUAAGAAGCAGCAGAAUAAGAUGACUACCACUACUGUUGUUGUUACUCCUACUGCAACACCAGUAAAUCAAGCAAUGCCUAUGACUCAUUCAAGAGCAGAUGCAGGUUGGAGAGUGGCUACCAAGGGUACAAGAAGUGUCCCAAUUGUCACUAGCAACACUUUUUGUCCAUUGGUUGAGGAUGCUUCUGAUGAAGAAUUGGAAGAAGAUGAAGAUGAGGGUGCUCUGGAGGGUGAUUUGGAUGCUAUUCUACCACCUGAUCCCCUAUCUAUUCUUGAAACUAGAGUUAAAGCUAGCAAGUAUCCUGUUGUUAGAAAAAAGUUUGGUAGAAACUGGUGUUGGUUGGAAAAUUACCUAUACUGUCCUAGGGGUAGAAUUUGGGUGGGAUGGCAAGCUAGCUUAGUAUCUGUUAAGCUGGUAAAGAGUCAUGAGCAGGUUAUUCAUAUGGAGGUGUGUGAUUUACAUGGAGUCUUUAUGUUCUACUUUUCUGCUGUGUAUGGACUGCAUACCAUAGAUGAUAGGAAGCACUUGUGGAGUGAAUUGGGGGGUAUAAGUGUCAGUGUGGGGAAUUCUCCUUGGCUCAUUUCAGGGGACUUCAAUGCUUUGCUAGAUGUGCAAGAUAGGGUGAAUGGAAAUCCAGUUUCUUUGGCUGAGGUUAGGGAUUUUUCUGCCUUUGUUGAUACUUACCAGUUGGUUGAGCUUAAAAGUAGUGGCCACUAUUUUUCUUGCCCUAUCCUAAUUAACUGCUUGCCUGAUGAUAAAGGUGGGGGUAGACCUUUUAGAUUCUUCAAUUACUUAGCUGAUCAUCAUGAUUUCUUACCUACUGUAAAGUUGUGUUGGAGGCAUGCUAGUGGUUCUACUAUGGCUUCUGUCUGGAGUAGGUUGAAAAUGAUAAAACAGAAGCUGAAAAACUUGCAUCAUCAGGAAUAUAGAGGUAUCCAUGAGAAAAUUGAGCAAGCAAGACACCAAUUAAGUAGUGUCCAGACCCAGUUACAGCAACUACAUGGUGAUACUUUGUUAUUGGGCCAGGAGCAAGCUUGUGCUACUCAUCUGAGGAAAUGGCUUAGAAUUGAGGAAUCUGCAUUAAGGCAAAAGUCAAGACUACAAUGGUUAAGAGCAGGUGAUGCUAAUAACAAGUUCUUCUUUGCUGCAGUCAAGGAAAGAUACAGAAUCAACAAGAUCUCAGUGUUGUUGGAUGAUAAUAACAAUAAGCUGGACAAAGUGGAUGAUAUUCAAGCUGAAAUUAUGAAGUUUUAUGGUUCUUUGUUGGGGUCAUGUGCUCCCACUUUGCCUAUGAUUGAUAUUCCUGUUAUGAGAGAUGGUAGCACUUUAAGUUACCAGGAGAGAGCUCUUCUUUGCAGACCUGUGACAACAAGAGAAAUAGAUGAAGCUCUAAAGGGGAUUGAUGAUAGUAAAGCUCCUGGCAUUGAUGGUUUAAAUGCUGUCUUCUUUAAGAAAUCCUGGGAAGUCAUUAAAGCUGAUGUUUAUUCUGCCAUCCUAGAUUUCUUUGAUCACAAGAAGCUUCUCCCUCAGAUCAAUUGUACUACAAUUACACUGGUUCCUAAAAUCUCUAACCCUACUAAAGUGAAAGAUUUUAGGCCUAUAGCCUGCUGCACUACUCUGUACAAAAUCAUUUCUAAAAUCCUAACUUCUAGGUUGCAGAUGGUAGUUGGAUCAGUUGUUAGUGAAUGCCAAGCUGGCUUUAUCCCUGGGAGGCAUAUUGCUGACAACAUUAUGUUGGCUACUGGGUUGGUUAAGGGAUAUAACAGGAAACAUCUCUCACCAAAGUGCAUGAUUAAGGUUGACCUUAAAAAGGCUUAUGACUCCAUUGAGUGGAGCUUCUUGGUUGAUGUGAUGAGAAGCUUAGGAUUCCCUGAUUUGUUCAUUGAUUGGAUUGUUGUUUGUAUUUCUUCUGUCACUUAUAGCAUCCUGCUCAAUGGCAAACCUUGCCCUCCCUUUGCUGCAAAAAGGGGUUAA